AUGAAAUCAUAUGCCUUUUCUGUUUUGCACAACAUUGAAUCCGAUUUUUCUCUCCUCAAUGCUCAUGUUAUUAAGGUUAUUUUUAAGGAACUCGAUUUCUUAAACGAGGCCAGGAACAGUGAGAACUGUUUGGAUAAUUUUCGGAAGUUGUCUCCUCAUAUUGCGAACUAUGUGUAUGCUCCAAAGGUAUAUUGGAACUUAAGUACCUCAAAGUUAUUGACCAUGGAGUUUAUGGAUGGUGCUCAAAUAAAUGAUGUUAAGGCCAUUCAGAAGCUUGGGGUUCAACCAUCAGAAGUUGCAAAAUUAGUUAGUCAUGCAUUUGUUGAGAUGAUAUAUAAGCAUGGAUUUGUGCACUGUGACUCUCAUACUGCAAACUUGCUUCACACAGGCAAGAGGAAGCCACAGUUGGUACUUUUGGACCAUGGGCUGUAUAAAGAUCUUGACUUCAACAUAAGAUUUAACUAUGCUGCCCUUUUAAAGGCUAUAAGGAGUGUUGGGUUGAAGAAGGGAAUUCGAUUUGUGAGGGUUGAACUGGGUGGGCUGGGUAUUGGGUUAGUUGAUGGGCAGGAAGUGAAAAGGGUGUUUGGGAGCCUUGAGGUUGUUAGGGCCGGAUGUAAACCGGUUGUGAGGGGUGUUGAGGUGGUCCUUGAGGGAGCUGGUUUGAGGUGCCUGAUGGAGUAG